ACGACACUACACUUCCCUGCUUUUGCUCACACUGCCCCAAAAGAACUCACAGUAACACUUUGACUGUUCAGAGAGAGAGAGAGAGAGAGGUAGAGAUGGUGCUUUACAACAAUGAUAGUUGCAAAUCGGUUUCCACUCUAAUGCUUCUGGUUGGUCUCUGCGUCUUCGCUGCAGCCUCCGACGGCAAAACUUCGCCGGUCGAAGACGGCUUGGUUGUUAACGGCGACUUCGAGACUCCACCGUCAAACGGCUUCCCUGAUGACGCCAUGGUCCAAGACUCCACCGAGAUCCCUAGCUGGCGAUCUGACGGCACCGUGGAGCUAAUAAAGUCCGGUCAAAAACAAGGAGGAAUGAUCCUGAUCGUUCCCGAGGGACGCCACGCCGUGAGGUUAGGAAACGAUGCUGAGAUCAGCCAAGAGCUCGCGGUGGAGAAAGGUUUUAUCUACUCCGUCACGUUCAGCGCCGCACGCACGUGCGCGCAGCUCGAGUCGCUGAACGUUUCGGUGGCUUCCGAUGAGCCCAUCGCGUCGCAGACCAUUGACCUGCAAACGCUUUACAGCGUUCAAGGGUGGGACCCUUAUGCUUGGGCGUUUGAAGCGGUUGAGGAUCGCGUCCGGUUGGUGUUUAGGAAUCCUGGUAUGGAGGAUGAUCCUACUUGUGGCCCAAUCAUCGACGACAUCGCCGUCAAGAAACUCUUUACUCCUGAUAAACCCAAAGGCAAUGCCGUGGUUAACGGAGAUUUCGAAGAAGGUCCAUGGAUGUUCAGAAACACGACCCUAGGUGUUCUCCUUCCGACAAACCUCGACGAAGAAACCUCCUCUCUUCCCGGUUGGACCGUCGAAUCAAACCGGGCAGUCCGGUUUAUCGACUCAGACCACUUCUCGGUCCCUGAGGGAAAGCGAGCGGUGGAGCUUCUAUCGGGCAAAGAAGGCAUCAUCUCUCAAAUGGUUGAGACAAAGGCCAACGUUCCGUACAAGAUGUCUUUCUCGUUGGGCCACGCAGGCGACAAGUGCAAGGAGCCUCUGGCUGUAAUGGCGUUUGCCGGCGAUCAAGCUCAGAACUUUCACUACAUGGCGCAAGCGAACUCUAGUUUCGAAGUCUCCGAGUUGAAUUUCACGGCGAAGGCAGACCGUACGAGGAUUGCUUUCUACAGCGUUUAUUACAAUACUAGGACGGAUGAUAUGAGCUCCUUGUGUGGGCCUGUGAUUGAUGACGUCAGGGUUUGGUUCUCCGGGUCUAGUAGAAUUGGGUUUGGGCUUCCGGUUUUGGUUCUGGUUCUCGCAUUGGUUUUUAUCUAGAUUGUUCCGGUUUAAAUUUUCCUGAAUAUGUAUUGGCAGACCAGGAAUUUAUAGGUUUGUUCCAAUGUUGUAUGGUUAAGUAUCGGUUCAAGAUAACCAUGAAUGAGAAAGUCUUUUAUGUUUUAUUGUAAUUCAUGGUCCAAUGUAAGACGUUUUGAUGAAUCAGACUUGAUCAAGGUUCAGGGUCA